UAAAAACCGAUCGUGUUGUUAUCGGCGCUCCAGUGUUUGCGACAGUCGCUCCGCCGCUGUCUCCCGUGCCUACAGGCUGCUUUCAGUCGCCUCUUCCCGGCAUUUACGUCACUCUACGACGCAGUGUGUGGGCAGGGUCACCGAGCUGCCAGCCAAUCAGAAUGCGGCUAGGGCUGUAAGCGUAUAUAAAAGAGACGCAGAGACCCGCCUGAACACACCUCAACGAACAGCGCCACCGACGGACCAGAGUUCCAGGGUCACAAGUUUAUGUUCACUGAACCGCGGGAGGAAAACAGUGACUCCAGGUUGAACAGAAACAGAACAGUCUUCUCCUGACACCGAUCUCCUGUGGGAUCCUGGACCUUCAUUCUUCUUCAAGAGAGAUUUUUUUGUGUGUCGAUUCCUGGACAUUAAGAGACCCCGUCAGGACCUGAGUUGAUGCGGGUCCGGUACUACACAUCCACACACUGAGUCUGAGUCUGAGUCUGAGUCUGAGAGGAAACCCCGUCACCGUCCACUCCUGAGCCACGACUUUAUGUCUACAAAGAUGGAACAGCCUUUUUACCACGACGACUCCUUUCUGUCACCGUACGGACACUCGGACGCGGCCGUGCACGACUACAAGCUGCUGAAGCAGAGCAUGAACCUGAACCUGAACCUGGCAGAGCCGUACCGCAGCCUGAAGUCCCAGCUGAGGGCCGACACGGACGUCUACCAGGGGCCACAGCCGGACAUGGGCUCCCUGAAGCUCGCGUCUCCGGAGCUUGAGAGGCUCAUUAUUCAGAACAGUCACGGGGUGAUCACCACUCCCACCCCCGGCCAGUACUUCUACAACCGCGGCAUCACCGAGGAGCAGGAGGGCUUCGCCGAGGGGUUUGUCAAAGCGCUGGACGAGCUUCACAAGAUGAACCAGAUGGCUCCUCCAAAUGUGUCCAUCGGUGCCGGCGGAGUCACCACCUGCUCAGCGGCGGCAUCUAGCGUCUUCGGCUCCACGCUGCAGCCGGAGCCUCCCAUCUACACAACACUGAACGCCUACUGCCCAAACACAAACCUGUCUUCUGCGUCCAGUUACCCCACUGCCACCAUCAGCUACCUGCCCCCGCACCAGCAGAGUCACCCGCAGACGCAGACGUCGACGCCCGCUGCGCAUCAGUUCCAGCACCCGCUGUCCGGCUCCGGGCUCCACCCGCAGCGGUUCCCCGCUCUCAAGGAGGAGCCGCAGACGGUGCCCGAGCUCCUGAGCAGCGACGGCUCCCCCCCGAUGUCCCCCAUCGACCUGGAGACGCAGGAGCGCAUCAAGGCGGAGCGCAAGAGGCUGAGGAACCGCCUGGCGGCCACUAAAUGCCGGCGACGCAAACUGGAGCGCAUCGCCAGGCUGGAGGAGAAGGUGAAAGUUUUGAAGACCGACAACGCGGGUCUGUCCAACACCGCGUCGGUGCUGCGGGACCAGGUGGCCCAGCUCAAACAGAAGGUCCUGACGCACGUGAACAGCGGCUGUCAGCUGAUGCUCACCAGCAAACUGGAGACGUUCUGAGGAGCACACACUCGAACAUGACUGAGAAAAGUACAAACACUGGAGUCACGGCCCCCGGGACGGAGGCCGAGAUGUUGACAGCGCCACCUGGGCCACGGCAACAGACCAGUGGGCUCCUGGAGGGUGAAAUUGAACUGUUUGAAAUGGUACUUCCGGAUGCUGGACACCGCAGAGGACACCAUUCCACCCCAGAGCCCCAGACUGAACAGACAGUGGGCAACACAGUGGGCACCGGCCCAGAGUCGGGUGUUCUGUUGGUAGACAGAUGUUGUUGUUGUCCUGCAAAACUGCAUUUAAUCCAUGUGUAAAUUAUUGGGUUUGUCCGGUUGAUCCAGACAAACUCCACAUGUCCAAUGUUUACAAUGUUCUUUUUUAUUUGUCCUGUGUAUUUAAGUAAAGAGUCAAUGAGACAGA